UGACUAAUACUCCUCUUCUACUUCUCAGGAUGUUGGGAACUGUGGUGUCACCGCCAGACACCACACUUGCUAGGUGGUAGUUUUAAAUCGGCCGCGGUCCAUUAGUACAUGUCGGACCCGCGUGUCGCCACUGUGUGAUCGCAGACCGAGCGCCACCACAAGGCAGGUCUCGAGAUAAGGAAUAGCAUUCGCCCCAGUUGUACGGACGACGUAGCUAGCGAUGCACACUGACGAAGCCUCGCUCAUUUGCAGAGCAGAUAGUUAGAAUAGCCUUCAGCUAAGUCAAUGGCUACGACCUAGCAAGGCGCCAUUAGUAACAUUGCAUGUAUCUAAAGAGUCUCACUUGUAUCGCCACAAUCUCCAGAUGUACCAAAAGGAUGGAUUAAAGUUAAGUAUUCCAGAAGCUACGUACUUUUCUUUAUAGCAUUCAUUAUGUAUCCUGUUUCAGACCUCACGCCAUCCUGCUUUAGUUUAGCGCGUGCCUUUCGGCUUCCUCUCAUUGUGUCUAGGCUGUCUUGUCUAGACACAACAUUUUUGGCGACGAGUCAACGGAAAGGGUCUUGUUCUUUCUAAUUGCUUACAUUUACUUGUGUCAUGGCUUCGCCAGAUGUACUGUCCGAAUUUUAUCGCUUGCAGAAUCAGCAGAUGCAGGCGUUAUUGGAUGCCCUUGGACAGCUCGUCCAGGGUCAACGUGCACUGCAAAACGAUGCGGCAGCCGCCGCUUCACCGCUACCGCAGCCACAACAUGCAGUUGCACCACCAUUCCGUAAUUUUCAAGCAGACGUGGAAACAUGGACGGAGUGGUCACGCCAGUUUGGAUUUCAUCUCGCCGCCUACAGAAUUCAAGCGACGGUGCCGUCUGGUCAGCGCCCUUGGGACCCAUCUACUGGCUCGCCUCAUCCCCAGGUGUUACCGACGAUGCCUUCCAUUUUGCCCCAUGGCGACGCGACGCUGCCGCCGCCUGUCCUCCAGCCGGCGCCGCCCGCAGUGGACGCUUCGCUGCAGCCGCCAAGCGCCUCCCUGGGUCACGCGCCGCCGAUCGCUUCCCGUGACCAGCUGUCCUCCGCCAUGGAACUCUUGCCCACUCCGGACCACAUGGCGUCUUUGCGCGUCGGAUACCCCGACGCAAUGGAGGUCGGCCCUUCGGCCCCUCCUGUCUCUUUACGGGCGCAUACACCGCAUGUUGACGUGCACCCUGGACUAGGUUUUCAGGCGUUUCCUAGAUCCUCUCGGACCGAAUGCCCGGGUGCGGGUGGCACAGCCUCACCUGUUGUUAGGCUCCCCACCUCAUCGCAUACGUCAACAUGGGGUCCUCCCCACGGCGGGCGGAAGCCUUAUAACACGACCGUUCACCGAUUUGCGGGGGAGGAAUGUGGUGUCACCGCCAGACACCACACUUGCUAGGUGGUAGUUUUAAAUCGGCCGCGGUCCAUUAGUACAUGUCGGACCCGCGUGUCGCCACUGUGUGAUCGCAGACCGAGCGCCACCACAAGGCAGGUCUCGAGAUACGGAAUAGCACUCGCCCCAGUUGUAUGGACGACGUAGCUAGCGAUGCACACUGACGAAGCCUCGCUCAUUUGCAGAGCAGAUAGUUAGAAUAGCCUUCAGCUAAGUCAAUGGCUACGACCUAGCAAGGCGCCAUUAGUAACAUUGCAUGUAUCUAAAGAGUCUCACUUGUAUCGCCACAAUCUCCAGAUGUACCAAAAGGAUGGAUUAAAGUUAAGUAUUACAGAA